AUGGCCACGAUCAAGUGCAUCAAGGCGAGGCAGAUCUUCAAUAGCCGUGGCAAAACUAUGAUUGAGGCCGAUGUGACUCUCGACAACGGGGCCUUUGCUAGCGCUGUUGUUUCUAGCGAUGCAUCCACCGGGAUCUAUGAGGCACUCGAACUGAGAGCUGGUGGAUCAGCUUAUAUUGGAAAGGGUGUUUCCAAGGCGGUUGAAAAUAUCAACACAAUCAUCGGCCCUGACCUAGUUGGAAAGGAUCCAACUGAUCAGGCUGCUAUUGACACUUUCAUGGUUCAACUACUUGAUGGAACUGCAAACGAGCGGGGUUGGUGUAAGCAAAAGCUUGGAGCAAAUGCUAUACUUGCCGUGUCCCUUGCCGUCUGCAAAGCUGGGGCUGCUGUCAAAAAAAUUCCGCUGUACAAGCAUAUUGCUAACCUUGCCGGUAACAGCCGAUUGGUAUUGCCUGUUCCUGCUUUUAAUGUUAUUAAUGGAGGCUCACAUGCUGGAAACAAACUUGCAAUGCAGAAAUUCAUGAUUCUUCCAGUUGGAGCUUCAUCAUUUAAGGAGGCCAUGAAUAUGGGUGUGGAAGUGUACGACCAUUUGAAGACUGUAAUCAAGAUGAAAUAUGGUCAGGCUGCAACUAAUGUCUGUGAAGCAGGUGGAUUUAUUAAGGAGAAUGAAGAGGGUCUAGAGUUGCUCAAAGAAGCCAUUGAAAAUGCAGAUUACAAUGACAAAGUUUUUAUUGGAAUGGAGGUUGCUGCAUCUGAGUUCUAUGGACCAGAUAGAACCUAUGAUAUGAACUUCAAGGAAGAGAACAAUGAUGGAUCUCAGAAGAUCCCCGGAGAUGCUCUCGGUAAUGUGUACAAGUCACUCGUGUGUGAUUACGCCAUUGUGUCGAUUGAGGAUCCCUUUGACCAGGAUGACUUGGAGCACUACGCAAAGAUGACCGAUGAAAUCGGUGAACAUGUCCAAAUUGUGCGAGGUGAUCUGUGGGGCACCAACCUCGUGAGGGCGAAUAAUGAGAGAACUUGCAACGCUCUCCUUCUAAAGGUUGAUCAAAUCGGAUCUGUUACUGAGACCAUUGAAGCUGUAAAGAUGUCAAAGCUAGCUGGGUGGGGAGUGAUGGCUAGCUGCGGCAGUCUGGGACAGCGACGAAGUAUAGCCAAUACAUUCCUACCUAAAAUGUUUUGCUUUGGCGAAUGUACAGAACUUCGCAUUGGAGACACAGAAGAGACUUUUAUUGCCGACCUUUCUGUGGGUCUGGCCACGGGUCAAAUUAAGACUGGAGCUCCACGCAGGUCUGAGCGGCGGGCUAUAUAUAACCGGCUCAUGCAAAUUGAAAAGGAGCUCGGUGCGGAAGCUGUUUAUGCUGGAACACACUUCCGCAAGCCUGUUGAACCCUACUAGAGUACAACGGACAUCCUUAUUGGUGUGGCUCAAGGUGUUUGGCUUGCUUUUUCUGUUCUUGAGCAAUAAUUCUGGUCUUAAGGCCUGAACGUUGUAACGUUAACGAUGAGGUACCAUCCCGUCAGCUUUGAGAUCGAUUUUAUCUUUUCUUUCCCUCU